GUUUACUUUUAAAUUGCGUUAAAUUUAAAGUCCAGCACGUAUGAUGCUCGCCAUCGAUGGAGCGAAGAACGGAUAUAAACAACUCUAGGCAGUAAACUCCUGAAUAAUGCGGUGAUAGUUGUUGAAAUCAAAAGUGAAAGUGCUGUGGUGCACUCAGCAGUUAUUUGAUAUCCUUCUAAUUUUAAUUUACAAAAAAACUGGGAACACUUGCACUAUGGUGGGGAUGAUGAUGGUUAUUAAAGUCAUUUUAACUGGAUACCUCAUGACGUGCGUUUAUGCUGAUGGAGUUGCAGAUGUGGUACUCACCUGCACUCUGGUGGAGGAGGGAGGUGGACUUGGUGGAAUGGGAGGCGGUCACUUCACUCGGACUCCAGCCACUCUUAUUUUACGAGAUGUUGCUGUGGGCCCCGACGAAUCACUCGAAGAACUCACUCCGUUUGUUCCUCCCUCCAUCCCUGAUCCAGACCUCCUCCUGUUUGAGGCCGAAGUAUCAUCCCCUGAGAUCCCCAAUGCAAACGUGCUGCUCCAUGCAGACUGCAAUGAGCAGGAAGUGAUGUGCGAAUUAAGUAGUUACUCUCCUCGGGGAUUGGAGGAAAACUCAGAUCGGGUCUUUUUCAUGGUGUCCCUCAGUGUGGAUGAGGUUGACUUCAGCACUGCGCUGAUUCUGGAGACCUUGAAGGUGGAGAAAGACGAGUCAACCCUGAUGCAAAGCAAGCUGGGUCUUCCUCUCAGCCAGUCAGGAACUCUGCUUACCGACUUGAUAUUUGUGGUGUUCACCCACAUAAAGUCUGUGUCUGCCCCUCUGAGAAGUGAUGUUCUCCUCAACUGUGGCUUCAAGCAGCAGGACACGCCAUUAGCACAGGAAGUGGGCAUUGAGUGGCGUCUGCAGCACAGAGGUAAAGGCAGGAAGGUGCUUGAAAUGAAGAGGGCGCUGGAUGAUACAGAAGGCAGCACGAUAGUGGAUGGUGAGAGGGCCGGCUCAAGCAUAAAUGCUGCCCAGGUUGUUGGUGAGGGUAACGCGUCUUUGACUCUGACCACGCUGAAGGUUGGAGAUGAGGGGACCUACAUCUGUACAGUCAGUCUUGGUCCUUUCCACUCCCAGCAGGUCAUUCAACUUCGCAUUAUUCAACCUCCAGAUGUUUCCCUCUCAGUGGAGAAGUUGGUUUUAAAGUCAAGUUCGUCCCAGAAAUUAAGUUGUCACAGCAGUAAAUACUACCCACUGGAUUCUCACAUCGAGUGGUUUUCCCUCUCUCCUACGGACACAGAGCCACAGCUCUUUAUAGAUCAGGGCUCCCUGUCCAGUCAUCGGCAGCACGGUGAUGGAACGUUCACCCUGUCCUCUCACAUAGCUGUGCCUCCCACCACCGUCCCAGGAACUAAAAUCAUCUGCAAGGUCUCCCACACAGCUCUAGAAGAACCGCUCUUUGUUAGUGUGGUGGUGGAACCUCCUGAGCCUGAUUCCUAUUGGUGGAUACUGGGCUUCCUGAUCAUCACUGUACUGUUCUUCUAUCAGGUCAUGGGAUAAAUUUCACUUACAUCAUCGUGACUGGAGACUAGAAAGUUUCUUUGUGUCAUUUUAGUGUUUAAGUUAUUUUUUUAGGUAUUCCACUGGUUUGUUCAACUCUUCCAGCUUUCUAGAAACUGUAAAACAAAAGUAUAGAUUAAAACUUGUCUCAAGUGGUUUACAAAUGUGUAAUAUGUGAUCAACAGGUGUAUACUAAAAUUUAUAAAUGUGUACAAUGAUUUGUAAGUUUUGAAGAC